AUAUAUAAUUACGAUGAGGAGGGCCCCCACAUUGUGGAUGAGCGCUUUGAGGAGCGCGUCGACUGGAACGGCAGUAAGAGGAGCCAAGACAUACAGGAUGCAUCCAUCUACCUCUUCAAUGUCACCUUCAAUGACUCGGGCACCUACAGUUGCCACUUCCACCGGCUCUUGACGUAUGAGUUCUAUGAAAACCAGACUGUUGUCAGCAAGCUUGUGCACCUGAAAGUGGUGGCUAAAGCCACCAGAGGGACGGCCUCCAUAGUCUCUGAGGUGAUGAUGUAUGUGUCCAUCAUCGGGCUACAGGCUUGGCUCUACAUAGAGAUGGUAUACUGCUUCAGAAAGAUAUCAGCUGCAGGAGAGGAAGCAAUAAGAGAAAGCGCGAAUGCAGAAUAUUUAGCUAUAGCCUCGGAGGGUAAAGAUAACUGUGCAGGGGUGCAAGUGGCAUAAUAACCCAGGAAUGCAAAGGGGUUCCAUCUACGUACUGGCCACAUCACCUAUACGACCCCUUGGAUCGCAUGAAGACAUCCUGAGUCUUUAUUACUUUUCCUGUUACGUUAAUGGAUAAAUGUGAUAUGAUGACAUCAUUACUUUGAAAGUAGCAUGAUAUCAGCCCUCUGUAUGUAUUACACCCAAAAGCAUGUAACUAAUUCAACUAAUGAAUCUUUAUGUGUAUGAAUGCUGCAUUCAAGGUAUUUUUUGGGGUUGUAUUGAUAUCUCUCUCUAAAGUGAAUGUACAUUUAUAUAAAGAGUUAUUGUGAGAGAAUUCAUCUGAUUAAAUGGUUAUCAAGAGAGCUUUAU